UACUUGACAAAGUUUGUGUUUAAGAGGAAUGAUCACACAAAGCUGUGCUUGAAAAGACCAGCUAUGUCGACCGCUGAACCUAAAAUCUAUACUACCUUCGAUGAUUACUAUGACUACAAUGGCUAUUUUGAAAAUGAUUCAAUAUUUGUUUACUUAUGUGAGAAUCAUGGACCCAACGAAUUUGGAGCCAUACUCACACCAGUCUUGUUCAGCCUCGCCUUUAUUUUCAGCCUGAUUGGAAAUGCUCUAGUUUUGUGGGUCCUGGUGAGAUAUGAGAGGCUGAGGACUGUGACAGACAUCUUCAUUUUAAAUCUGGUCACCUCCGAUGUACUCUUCGCUUUCUCGCUCCCUUUCUGGGCUGUCGAUCACACGAAUGGAUGGAUCUUUGGCAAGGCCAUGUGCAAAAUAAUGAGUUCAAUUUUCUUCAUUGGCUACUACAGUGGGAUCAUGCUGCUCAUGCUGAUGACCAUCGAUCGAUAUUUCACAGUAGUCCAUCCUGUGUCUGCUGUCAGAAUCAGGAAGGUCUCCUAUGCUGUGACAGUCAGCUUAGUUGUUUGGGGAAUUAGCAUGUUGGUAACAAUCCCUGAGAUGAUCUUCUCUGAUAUUACGGGUAAUGAGGAGGAAAGACUAUACUGUACAAGUAACUAUCCACCCAAAAGUACUCAAAUGUGGCAACUGUUAGGGUGUUACCAGCAAAACAUUUUCUUUGUUGUUAUUGUGUUCUGUUACUGGAGAAUUCUCAACACUGUCAUUAGGUGUAAAGCCAGGAAGAAGCACAAAACAGUGAAAGUUAUCUUCUGUAUUGUGGUGGUGUUCUUUGUGUGCUGGACACCUUACAAUGUGGUCAUCUUCCUGUUCUCUUUGGUAGAAUUGGAAGUCCCAGUGUUCAAAAUCUGUGAGAUAAAAAACCGCCUGACGUAUGCGUUUUACAUUUCCCGGGACCUGGCUUAUUGCCACUGCUGUCUCAACCCCUUCUUUUAUGCUUUCGUGGGGACAAAAUUCAGGAACCAUUUAAUCAGGCUGUUGAAUAAAUGUUUCCCCCAUCUGAAAAUUUGCAGAGAACUCAGUACCACCACUGGCACCAGCACCAAACAAGUCAACUCCCGGAACUACUCAGACAUUGACCUGCCCCUGGCUUCAAUCGGGUCUUGAAAUGUAGGCCCAAAAAUCUGGAACCAAAGUCUAAUGAUCCACUGAGGGAAAGGGUGGGCUGUUCAGAGACUCUGCCCGCCCCACCCUUGGCCAUCUGCUUCAGGAAGGGACAAAGUCAGAGUCUCUGCAUGACAGAAUGCCCCUGGGCCUUCCCUGAAAUGUGUUGACAAUCCCAUCCCCAGAGUGGGUCAGUCUGAUAACCCCAUCCUCCCCAGAAUGGAUUAGUCCAACAAUCCCACCCUUCCCUGAAUGAGUCAGUCUGACAACCCUCCACCCCGGCCCAAACUCCACAAUGGGUCAGUCUGACAACGCCACCCUCUCCAGAAUGGGUCAGCCUGCCAAUUGCACAAAUUCAGACCAAACCAAGGCUCUUUGGGCUGACUGAUCUUCUGUUCCCUUCACUGUCAGGUCAGAUUACCUGCAGGUGCUGGGAAAUUGGUACCGAGGGACAGGGUUGUGAGCCAAAAAUUAGAUGAAUGAAUAGCUGCGGUCAAACAAAGGCUGGCCAGGCAGGAAAAAUGCUCCCUUGCUGGAUCAGCAGCAAAAUACUCCAAAUCGUGAUUCAAACUAUCCCUGAUGUUGUGAUGAAUGAAUCUAGCCACAUUUUUGCAGAUAGCUCCAGUUCAUUGCUCUGUGCUGAGCCACUGGUCCUUCAUGGAGAGGUUAAUACUUCAUCAAUGACUUCCCUCCAUCAAAAAGUCAGUGUGCCAAUGAUUGUUCGGCAUCAUUUUUGUGACUCCUCAGAUACUGAAGCAGUCCAAUAGGGAAAGAUUGCUGUCUAUGGCCUUUCAGACAGAGCACACUUAGGAGUUGAAACUGUAGAAUACCUUGGGUGCUGUACCUUACAAAGAAUGUACAUUGUGAAUCAAAAGUAUUGAAAAUGUAUUGAGUCUCCUCAGGGUGGAACAUGUAUAGAGAAAAAAAUGUCUGUGAACUUUCUGUAAUUUGCAAUUGCCCUCGGGCUGUGUAAUUGACAUGUAAUGUAUUUUGUAAAUAUUGAGACUAUUACAUUGUACUGAUUGGAAUAUGCAGAACGAGGACAAGUUGGAUUUCGUUGCAAAUUCUAUAAUGUUCAAGUAAAAAUGUUUUGUUAUUUUUUUCCAUUCUUUAUGAAUAAAGUAUACUUUUAGAAAAAAAAUAAAAUCCCACAUUCACCAGAAUGUGCUCGUCUGACAGUUCCACCCUCCUCAGAAUGAGUGGGUCUGACAAUCUCCCCAUUAUCAGAAUGGGUCAGCCCUCUCUCCACAUAAUAGGUCAGGCUGAAAAUCCCACCCUCUCUCAAAUGGGUGGCCUGGCUAUCCCACUCCCAUCUGGAUGGGUCAGUCAGAUGAUAGCAUUCUCGUAAUGCAAACUUUUCCUAAUAAGUUAGCACGGACAGAUUUUUUCAAACAUUUUUGUAACUUGGAUUUCUAUUAUGUGCACUUAAUGUAUCAAACUUUGCGUGAAAAGUACACGGAGUAUAAAAAUGAAUUUGCUGCACUUUAGUAACUAGCAUACCCGAAAAUAUAGAAGACUGUAAGGUGUUAAAAGUGUGCAAAAUUUUCUGAGUAGACACCAGUUACAGGUUAGCUUGUUCAUUUGCAUUUUACGCUGGAUAGUCUUGAACACACUGAGUAUGAGUCCGAUGCAUGUUGGCACUCACUGUGGGAUAUCUCACUGCUUCUGUUGUCUUAGAUCUCUGAAAUUAUUACAUCAAUGUAAAUCAUUUUAUUAAAUGACAUGUAUGUAAAAUGGAAUGUAAUAAAAUAAUUAUCUGAAAAUUGA